AUGGCCAAUAUAGGAGGGCCAAAACCGAGUAGGCGACGCCUACUAAUGUCGGUAACGCAUUCCAUUCUACUCUGUGCAGCCGAAGUCUGGGCAGAUGCUCUCAGAAUAAAGAAGUAUCGGAAAAGAAUGGCGGCGCUACAGCGGAGAGGUGCGCAAAAUGUGGCUCGUGCUUAUCGCACUGUCUCGGAACCAGCCACAUUAGUAAUUGUAGGUGUCAUACCUAUUGACCUACUUGCUGCCGAACGCAAAAGAGAAUCCAGGGUACAAACAAUGCAGCAAUGGCAAGCCAGAUGCAGUCAUACGCCACAUCAAUUCAUGGGUAAGACGCGAUCAUGGAGAAGUGAACUUCUUUGUCACACAAAUGCUCUCUGGGCAUGGAUUGUUUCGGGCCUACCUGUACAAAAUGGGCAAAAUCAGAAAUCCAGAUUGUAUAUACUGCGGCAGUGA